UGUGGGACUGGAGGGCUGCUCUGCAGGCAGUGGUGCUCUGGGUUCCCCAGCAUGGCCCCCUCAGCCUGGGCCAUCUUCUGCCUCCUGGGGGGCCUCCUGCUCUGUGGGGGUAACCCCAGCCCCGGCGUGCCCCGCCUGAGGCUCUCCUACCGAGACCUCCUGUCUGCCAACCGCUCUGCCGUCUUCCUGGGCCCCCGGGGCUCGCUGGACCUCCAGGCCAUGUACCUGGACGAGUACCGAGACCGCCUCUUUCUGGGGGGACUUGACACCCUCUACUCUCUGCGGCUGGACCAGGCCUGGCCAGAUCCCCGGGAGGUCCUGUGGCCGCCACAGCCAGGACAGAGGGAGGCAUGUGUUCGAAAGGGAAGAGAUCCUUUGACGGAGUGCGCCAACUUCGUGCGGGUGCUGCAGCCCCACAACCGGACCCACCUGCUGGCCUGUGGCACCGGGGCCUUCCAACCCAUCUGUGCCCUCAUCACGGUCGGACACCGUGGGGAGCACAUGCUCCGCCUGGAGCCCGCCAGUGUGGAGGGUGGGCGGGGGCGGUGCCCCCACGAGCCCAGCCGUCCCUUCGCCAGCACCUUUGUAGGCGGGGAGCUAUACACAGGCCUCACUGCUGACUUCCUGGGGCGAGAGGCCAUGAUCUUCCGAAGUGGGGGUCCUCGACCAGCCCUGCGCUCUGACUCCGACCAGAGCCUCUUGCAUGAACCCCAGUUUGUGAUGGCCGCCCGGAUCCCUGACAACUCCGACCAGGACAAUGACAAGGUGUACUUCUUCUUCUCGGAGACUGUCCCUUCCUCUGAUGGCAGCCCAGGCCAUGUCACCAUCAGCCGCGUGGGCCGAGUCUGUGUGAAUGAUGCUGGUGGCCAGCGGGUGCUGGUGAACAAAUGGAGUACCUUCCUCAAGGCCAGGCUGGUGUGCUCGGUGCCCGGCUCUGCAGGUGCUGAGACCCACUUUGACCGGCUGGAGGACGUGUUCCUGCUGUCGCCCAAGGCCGGGAAGAGCCUUGAGGUGUAUGCGCUGUUCAGCACCGUCAGCGCUGUGUUCCAGGGCUCUGCCGUCUGUGUGUACCACAUGGCAGACAUCUGGGAGGUCUUCAACGGGCCCUUUGCCCACCGAGAGGGCCCUCAGCACCAGUGGGGGCCCUACGGAGGCAAGGUGCCCUUCCCCCGCCCUGGCGUGUGCCCCAGCAAGAUGACCGCGCAGCCAGGGCGGCCCUUUGGCAGCACCAAGGACUACCCAGACGAGGUGCUGCAGUUCACCCGAGCCCACCCACUCAUGUUCCGGCCUGUGCGGCCUCAGCAUGGCCGCCCUGUCCUUGUCAAGACCCACCUGGCUCAGCAGCUGCGCCAGAUUGUGGUGGACCGUGUGGAGGCGGAGGAUGGCACAUACGACGUCAUCUUCCUGGGGACUGACUCAGGCUCUGUGCUCAAAGUCAUUGCUCUCCAGGAAGGGGGCUCGGUAGAGCCUGCAGAGGUGGUUCUGGAGGAGCUCCAGGUGUUUAAGGUGCCGACCCCCAUCACUGAGAUGGAGAUCUCUGUCAAAAGGCAAAUGCUCUAUGUGGGCUCUCGGCUGGGUGUGGCCCAGCUGCGGCUGCACCAGUGUGAGACUUAUGGCAGUGCCUGUGCGGAGUGCUGCCUGGCCCGGGACCCAUACUGCGCCUGGGAUGGCACCUCCUGUACCCGCUACCGCCCCAGUCCCAGCAAGCGCCGGUUCCGCCGGCAGGACAUCCGGCAUGGCAACCCUGCCCUGCAGUGCCUGGGCCAGAGCCAGGAAGAAGAGGCUGCGGGACUUGCAGUCACCACAGUCUACGGCACAGAGCACAACAGCACCUUCCUGGAGUGCCUGCCCAAGUCUCCCCAGGCUGCUGUGCACUGGUUCUUGCAGAGGCCAGGGGAUGAGAGGCCUGACCAGGUGAAGACGGACGAGCGAGUCCUGCACGUGGAGCAGGGGCUGCUGUUCCGCAGGCUCAGCCGCCUCGACGCAGGCACCUACACCUGCACGACGCUGGAGCACGGCUUCUCCCAGACUGUGGUCCGCCUGGCUCUGGAGGUUAUUGAGGCCUCGCAGCUGGACAGCCUGUUCCCUCAGGAGCCAAGGCCAAAGGAGCCCCCAGCCCGGGGAGGCCUGGCCCCCGCUGCCCCCAAGGCCUGGUACAAGGACAUCCUGCAGCUCAUCGGCUUCUCCAACCUGCCCCGGGUGGACGAGUACUGCGAGCGUGUGUGGUGCCGGGGCAGCGGGGAGUGCUCGGGCUCCCUCCGGACCCGGGGCCGAGGCAAGCAGGCCAAGGGCAAGAGCUGGGCAGGGCUGGAGCUGGGCAAGAAGAUGAAGAGCCGGGUGCAGGCCGAGCACAACCGGACGCCCCGGGAGGUGGAGGCCACAUAGGCAGAGGGGGGACGGUCAGGACGGGCCGGGGAGCCCAGUAGCAGCCCGUAGCAUCUCCCACCCAGCCAGCCAGGGCAGAGGAGGCCAGGACGUCUGACCGCCUCUUAGAGACGAGUGUCUCUGCCCCCACACCUCUACCGGGCCACCUCUAGAGAAGACUGGGGGUCUAGUGGAGGGCCUGUGUCUGAGCCUGUUCCCUACCCCUCUGUGCUCUCAGUCUCAGGCUGGAGCCAGCACCCUCCGGCCACUGGCAGCCCCAUGGGACCUGCCAUUUGUUCUCAGAGAUGGCCUGGCUUCCCGAGCUCAUUUCCGGUUGUGCCCAGAGGCAAGAGGGUUGGGUGGUUCUUUCCCAGCCUACAGAACAAUGGCCAUCCUGAGUGACCCUCAGAUGGGGUGUGUUGGGUGGGUCUGAGGGGGGAAUCUGGGUGAGGGCCCUCAGGCAGCCAGAGGAGAUGGAGACAGCCUCUAAGGUAGCACCCUUUAAGAAGGGACUACCGACUGAGAACCUGGGGAGGGAAAGUGGGGAUGUCGAGAAGGUGGAGCAGCAAGGCUCCUUUGAUCCAUAUCAUGCCUCGAUGCCCUGGUGUUCUUGGCAUGGCCCACCUCCUCUUCUCCAUCUCAGAAUCACAGAGGCACGGACUGCUAGAGCCCCCCGGGACCUGGGGUGGUCAGGGCCUUAGGCUCCACUUUGGGCCAGGUUUGCUGGGAUGCCACACCCCCAAUAGGACCCCCUCCCACCAUCAAGGUCUCCAUGCAGAUGAGCAGGGAGGGGUGAGCUCCAGGGGAAUGUCAUCCCUCAUCUCUGUGGACCAGAGGUGCGAGGAGGAGCUGGGGAAGUGUGGGACUGGGAGGAGUGGGCUGUCUCCUGGGGCGAUGCAAGCACGUCUCAGCCCUGGGAGGGGGAACAGGAAGGUCUGAGAGCUGUAGCUGGUCCUGAAGAUCAGGGCCAGGGCCACAGAGGACUGGGGAGGCUAUUGAGAUGGAGAGAGGGCAGGAUACUCUUAGGAUGGCCCUGGGACCCAGGCAGGAAUAGUGUCCUUAAGGAGUCAAGAUGACAUCAAUUAGCUCAGGAGCCACGGGAAGGCCAGAGGUUUCCAACCCUGGCAUCUCUAUUUUCUGCUAAGUAAGGGCCAGGCAUAGAUGAUGUAUUUAGGAAGAUUUUUUUGUCUUAUAAAGGGAAAAAAGGUAGAGGAAAAAGCUAGAAACUGUAAGUCCUGCUGAUUCUUGGGGGUGAGGCUUGGAUGGCAAGGGCACUUUCUGCCUGGGCAUGUAGGGGAGGUGUUUUGCCAUCAGCAGUUUCUCAGGCUGGGGAACACAGAGGGGGAGGAGGAGAACUAAAUGAAAAGUUGUUCCCAGCCUUCAUAUGAACAAAUUAGUGACGCACAAAACUGACUGGGGGAGCCAGGAGUAUAGGGUUUGAGAUUCUAUUAAAAAACCAAGACAAAGAAAGGAGGCAAAAAAGAGAGAAAAAGCAAGACAAGGCUUCCUGUCUCACUGAAACUCAAACCCAGACUACCUGGGUCUUAUCUCCCCCCACCCGACACCCCCAGAGAACUGGGAUCUGGACUAGCCCUGGGCCCCUUUGGCUGUGCAGUAAGUGAACCGGAAGCACAGAGACGAACCCAACAGCACCUUGAGAACCUGCUUCAGGAGUGUCAGCAAGUGGGGCGCAGGGGCGAGGAGGAAGGGGCCUGAGAGCAGAAGGGAGUAGAGAGUGCCAGAAAGAAACAGCCAGGCCCUCAGGGGUCUUUAGGCUGGUCCCAGACUUAGGGGAAGUGACCCUGGAAAGUGAUGGGAGAAGAAGUACGAGAUCCUGAACAGUGAACACCUGCACUUGGAACAACAUGGACAGCUCCUCCCAGCCGUGCCCCUCCCAUGGUACUGUGUGUUACUCUUAGAAAUGCCCCGUGUGAGAAUUCUGUUUCUGUGUUUGUAUGUUGAGAAGGGCCUUGUGGUUUCUCUGUUUUUAGGACAUACUUCUUGUAAUUACUAUUAUUUUUAUAGUCAUGACUUCCCUUGAGCUCUGGUAAGGAAAACCGAACUGAUGAGGAAAAUAUUUACAUCACAUAAUUAUA